AUGAGUAUAAAAGGAUUGAAACAAACUAAAUUACUUUUAAUUGGAGAAACAGGUGUUGGUAAAAGUUCAUUAGGUAAUUUUAUUUUAAAGAAGAAUGUUUUUAAGGGUUGUGAUAGUCUAAAUUCAGAAACAAAAGAUGCUGUUGGAUAUUUUGGAGAAGGUGAUAGAAGUGAUAUAUUUGUUGUUGAUACUCCUGGUCUUAAUGAUACUAGUGGUUUUGACAGUAAAAAUAUUCAAACUAUUUUCAAUUGUGUUAAAGCUACAGGAUUACAAGGAAUUGUAUUAACAAUGGAUUAUAAUAAUCUUAGAUUUUCUACCAAUCUUAAAUAUAUUAUUAAAUUUAUAUAUGAUAUUUUCGAAUUUAAAGAUAUUUGGAAACAUGUAUGUAUUGUAUGGACUAAAUGUUAUAAUGAUCUCUCAGAAAGGAGAAUUGAAAAAGCUAAAAUUGAGAAAAAUAAAAUCAAAGAAGAAAUAAUUAAAUUUAUUAAACAAACAAAUAAAACAAAUGAAAAUAUUAAUAUUCCAAUGUAUUUUGUAGAUUCACAACCAGAAGAAGAAGAUUAUAAUACAAAAUCAGAAGAAGAUGAUGAUAAUACAAGAUCAGAAAAAGAAAUAGAAAAAUUACUCAAAUGGGCAAGAGGAUUACCAUCAAUUGAUAAAGAAGAAAUCAAUAAAUUAAUAGGCGAAUUUAAAGGCAUUGAAUAUGAAGAAAAAGAAGAAGAAGAUGAAAUAAUAGAAGAAACAAAAGAUACUAUAACAUAUAAAAUAAUAAAAUAUAUAAGAUUUAAGAAAAUAAAAUAUAAUGGAGAAUUUAUUUGUGGUGAACCUACUGAAAUUAGUAGCAGAAUUAUAACAGAAAAGAAAUCUAACAAAGAAUCAUCAGACUGUGUAGUGAUGUAA